AUAAACCCUCUUUUCCUUCUCUUUCAUCUAUCCUCUUCUUGAACAUGACAAAGACCCCCUAUUCCUUGAUCAAACAACCCCCCACAAACUCCAUUUAACCCAAAAAAAAAGAAGGUUGUAUACCAGACUUCAGGCAUGGCAACUCUAAGGUUUAACUCACUGACAGGGACCCUAGAAAAGAACCCGACAUCAUCUUUUUCUUCAAAUCCAAGGCUGUCUUGGGCUUACUUUCAGUGUAAUAACAAAGGUGAAAGAAGGGCAUCGAGAAUGACAGUCAAAGCAAUGGGAGCAGCCAAAUACAAAGGAACUCAAAUGAGGGAAAAGAAGCUAACUGAGAUGAUUGAGAAAAAAGUUACAGAAGCUAAGCAAGUUUGUGAAGGAGAUGAGACAUCUGAUGAGUGCAAAGUUGCUUGGGACGAGGUCGAAGAGGUAAGUCAAGCUAAGGCUGAUCUUAGGCUUAGACUUGAAAUAGAAAAGAAAGAUCCUUUGGAGUCGUUUUGCCAGGAAAAUCCUGAGACUGAAGAGUGUAAGAUCUAUGAAGAUUGAUGGGAAAAUGAAUAUCAUUUUCUAGAUCUGCCUAUUGUUAUUUAGUGGGAAAAUAGUAAGGAAUUAAGCACCUCUUUAGAACAAUUGAACCUUGUUGUUGGGGAAUUGUCAAUUUGUGGUUUUAGUUAUUAAUCUAAACUGUAUGGCGUGAAUCCUUUAUUGUUUUGUUGUUUUCAAUCAAGCUGAAACUUAUGUUGUAAAAAAACUUUGUUGAUUUUUUAAUUUUAGAUCAUGUAUUGGAUGGA